AUGAACACUUGUUCGACCGAGGGGCCUUCUACGUCCCAAGAGUCGCUCCCGCGACGUCAGGUACUCAUAAACGUAACUGGGGACGAUCCAGACGACGAAGAGCAACAGGAGAUUUUUAAGCAAGACGAGGCCUUUUGGAAAAUAGUAUUUGACGCAUUUGGCCAAGAGCCGACUGGCACAUCGGACCCUCAAUCUGCUGCGACCACCGGGGACGUCCCAGCAGCCUCACGUUUUUCUACAACCGAUGACACUCUCGCUAAAUUUAUUCCUCCCCAACGAUCGGCCACAGCAUGUCCCAAUGCUGCAAAAACGAUUCUGAAGUAUCUGCCCGGAGCGAUAACAUCCACGUUAUAUGAAGCGGAAAGUUUUGCGCCAACAGAGGUCAUUCUUCUAGACCAGCCGACGAGGCACCUUUUGCUUGCCGUCCUUCUCUCUGGUGCUCUGAGCCGGGUCUGGUCCUCAAUGGAUAUAACAAUCAAUGCACAUUCAGAUGAAGAUGGGAAUUUUGGCUUGGCUGAAGGCACUCAGGUUUCCGUGGCUGAUAUUAGAGAUCUCGCCAAAACACUGGACUUGGCUCGAACUGCCGUAUUCACGACGAAUGAUGAACCCUUUUUGCCCGCUGUCGGGGUAGCUGGUAUUCUUAAACUAUCGGACGAAAUACCCAGUGACGAGCGCUUCAAAGAAACGAGGCUAGCUGCUGAAUAUGGACGGAGGAGACUAGUUCAGCUACUCGGAGAAACUGCGCUGGAAAAGAUCCAAGGGGAACUACCUGACUAUCCUGGUUUACGCGCAGACGCUGUUAACAUGAUGCAGAGAAUUGGGAAACUUAAUCCAGUAUCGUUUCCGAAAGCCAAUGGAUUCUACUCGACGCAUGCUGGUGGAGGCGCUUGUACCGUUUACAUCCACGGAGAUGUGGCUGUCUCAUUUGAUACUGGCCACAUGGCAUUUUUUGCAACAAAUGCCUGGUUACUACUCCGCAUGAGUGAAGUCAAGAAGUUUGUAAUUAUCGUCUCGCACAUUGACUGUGACCAUAUGAACGGAGCAAAAGUACUGCUUGACUACUUGUCCGGCGACAUUCGCUCCUACAAAGUUGAGCUUAUCGCACUAUACUUCAACUCCCCUGGUUCAGGCCACCUAAGUGAAGGUGUCCGUUCAGUGGCAAAAGCAAAAUGUGUGUUCAAGCUAGUGACCGAAAAUCCCGACAAAUUCAACAUUUUGAGAACAGUACAUAUUCCUACAAGUAGCGAUCCCACAAGUAGCGGCUUUGGCAAUUUCGACCAAAAAAUGAAACCUCUGAGCAUUCCGACAAAGGUACUUUAAUCUUGUCAGCUACUAGCAUUGAAUCAUUGCUCAUCCACUUGUAGCUCCAUUGCAAAAAUCCCUGACCCUUCC